AUGUUUAAUUAUUCAAUUGGUGUUGAUGUUGAUAUUAAACAAAUUGAACGUGUACUGGAUUUUCUUCUUAAUGAAAAUCGUACAUCGAAUAAAACUAUUAUUAUUCAUCUUCAUUCAAAUCAUGAUGCACUGGUCUGGUCAUAUAUGCUUAAUAUAAUGAAAACAAAUGAACAUUUCAAUCAAUUAUUAUCUAAUAUAAAAGGUAUUAUGCUAGAUUCAGCACCGUUUUUGCAUCUAAAUAAUUCACAUCCUUGGAUUAUUGUAUCAGCGAUUGGUACAAUUCGAUCAUAUGUUAGUAUUAUAUUUAAUCAAGCACGAUAUUUUCAUUUAUUUUGGACACCAUUAAUGAGUUAUUAUUUAUUUAUACAAUUUUUUUAUCAACGUUAUUUUUCAUCAAAUACAUCAUUGACAACAGAUAAAAUACGAGAUUAUCGAUAA